AUGGAGGAGGCGCAGCGGAAGGCGGACGAGAUGCUGGCGGAGCUGCAGGCGGGGAGCGGGGCGGAGGAGAAGGCGGAGCGGAUGGAGGCGGCGGUGGAGUAUCUGGCGGGCCUUCCGCCCGACGUGCGCGCGACCGUGCUGCCCGACGCUCUGCCGCGCCUGUUAGAGCUUCAGGCGGACUCAACGUUCCUUGUUCGGAAAAACUCGGUCGAGCUCUUCUACCGCCUCGGCUCCGCCAUCAAGCACCGCGACGCCCCUGCGCUCAUCGCCUCCGCGCUCGCCGCCAUCAUCCGCGCCUGCCCGCCCAUGCCCCUCCCCGCGCCCCCCCCUUCCGCCGCCUCUGCGCCCCCCGCGCCGUCCCCUGCUACUGCCGCGGCGCUCACACCUCUACCCGCGCGCCUGCCCCCCGCGGCUGUGGCGAGCACCAAGGCAGUCAAGCACGCCAUCUCUGCUGCUGCCGCCCUCCUUAAAGGCGCCUUCGCUGCUGUCACUCCCGCCACAGGCGAGCCUCAGCCAUGGUCAGAAGCGUGGGAGCAGGUAUCAGCGCUGGCACCGCUGAAAAGGGACCUGCUGCCAGGCCAGUACCCGGACAGCGUGCGCGUGCAUGCAGUGGGUUUCACAGAGAUGCUCGUGCUGCUCGGCCGACCCGGGGGCAAACCCGCUGCUUCUUCUUCUGCUGCUGCCGCUGGUAGUGGUGGUGCUGGUGGUGGCGGUAACGGCAGCAGUGGGCAGAACGGGAACAGCGGAAGGGACGGGGAUAAUGGUUCAGACAUGGCAAACGGAGUGCUACAUCUCCCCGACCCUGACUCCGACCCGUGGCUUAAAGCCCAGUCCCUCGCCUCCCUCUCCGCCCUCACCUCUCUCCUCCAACCCCCUGCAGUCGCCUCCCUCUCGCCCCCGCUCCUCCUCACGCUCACCAGCAGCCUGGCUGGGAUCGCCCGCCGCUGCCCCGCUCUUUAUAGUCACAUCGUGCCGGCUUUAGUGGGGAUAGUGCCGCCCACUGCCACGUCAGCAGCGUCGGCACCGGUGGUGGUGCCAAGUGGGGAGGAGAGUGGGUGUGGGGCGGUGCAGCAGCUGCUGCAGGCGUCGGCGAGUGUGAGGCACGGCGUGCGGGCGGCGCUGCUUGUCAUGUUGCGACUCAUGCCGCUCGCUCCAGGCGGGAUGAAGUGGCGGGACUGCUUGACGUCUCUCCUGAAGGAGUCGCUGGGAGCAGGAGAGGCAGUCGACUCAUCUUUAAGGCACAUCGACCGAUCCCUUCGCAACUCCGCUGCUGCCGCUGCCGCCGCCGCUGCCGCCGCUGCUGCUGAUGGUCCCACUGGAGCUUCUAGUGGGGGUAAUGGUGCGGGUGGGAAUGGUGGUGCUUCUGCUGGUGGCGUUGCUGCUGGUGGGGGUGGGGGUGGGGGCGAGGGAGCAGCAGCAAAGGCGGCUGCAGGGUCAGGGAAGGUUGCUGGUCGCCCUGCUGAUCCACGGGCCAAGGCUGCAGGAGUGAAGAGAGCGAGGGACUCCAAGCGCAUCCGACCGUCCACUGCUGCUCAAGCCAGCACAGCCACUCCCGCCAGCAGCACUGCAGCACCAGCAGCAGCAGCAGGCGGGGGAGCAGCAGCAGCAGGAGGCAGCAAUACAGCAGCCACCACAGCAGCAGCGGCAGCGGCGGCAGCAGCAGCAGCAGCAGCGGAAGCAGUAGCAGUGGACCCGUCAGCAGCCACGUUACCAGUGGAGCAGCUGGUAACCCUACUGAGUGCGCUGGUGGCGCGAGGCAGCGAGGGCAUGCUGGCAGUGGAUGCACUCAUCGCCUCGCUGCCCCCCGGCAUGCUGGCCGACCUGGUCAUUGAAUUCAUGCAGCACCUCCCUCCCUCGCCCCCUCCCGCUGCUGCCGCUGCUGGUGCUGCUGCUGGCGCCGUCCCACUCUCUCCCCGCCUUGCAGCCUACCUCUCUGUCCCUCGCACACCCGUAGCCCUCGUUCCUCUCUCGCCCCCCCAGCUGGCUGCAGCACAGCAGGCAGCGGUGUGCAGAGUGGUGGCCGGGGGGUGCAGAGCGGUGCUGCUGGGUGAAGCAGGGCUGUGGGUGGCGCUGCUGGUGGGCAUGGUGAGGGGGGCAGAGGAGGAGGAGCAGCAGCAGCAGGUGCUGGAUGCGCUGUUGAACUACCUGCUAGCAGACUAUAACCGCGUCAAGGGCUCUCAAGUUGUGCUCUCCGUGCUGCACGCUCUCGCACUGGACCACUCCUCCCCUCCCUCCUCCUCCUCUCCCUCCACGAAUAUCCCAGCUCUCCCACCACCACCAGCGCCAUCGUCUGUACCACCAGCAUCAUCAGGCGAAGGAGCAGCAGCAGCAGAAGCAGCAGGCGAUCCCAUGCAAGUGGAUGGCAGGGGGCAGGGGGGGGAUGCUGCCACUCCUGCCAAUGUUCUGGCUACAACAGCCGCUGGUGCACCUGCUACUGCCGGUGCUGCUGCAGCAGGAGGCAAGGACUUGGCAUCGUCUCACAUCCCUCCUCUCUACACUUCUUUCUUCUCUCGUGUGCUGAGAUCCCUUCUCUCGCCCUCCUCCGCUGCUGCUGCCGCUGCCCCUGGCGGGCUCAAGUCCCUCCUGCUGCCUCUCUUUGUUGAAGCGCCCUUCCUCCCUCCCCCGCUGCUCAACCUUCUGGGGCAGGCGUGUGGGCUGGAGGGGCUUGGACGGAAGGAGGGUGACGGGGGGAUUGGCGCGGGCAGGGGGGCUGGGGUUGGGGUGGGGAGGAAGAGGAGGCUAGAGGAAAGGGGAGAGGGGGAGGAGGGUGGGAGAGCAAUGGAGGUGGAUGGGGGGGGUGGGAGUGUAGGUGUAGGAGGAGAGAGGGGAGGUGUGGAAGGAGAGGGAGGAGGAAAAGGGGCGGGAAGAGACGCAGGAGAGGCGGGAGAGGGAGGAGAUGGAGGAGAGGGAGGGGAAGCCGAGGAGAACGAACCAGAGGGACCAAGAUCAGAAGAAGAGCUAAAGCGGGUAAAAGAGUCCCUCGUGGUCCUCUGGCGGCUGCUAGUCCUACGCCCACCCGUGCGCAGGAGAUGUCUAGCCAUGGCCUUACAGUGUGCAGUGCACCCGCACCCCGAUAUCCGAUCCAAGGGCGUGGCACUCGUGGCCAACCGCCUGCACGCCCUGCCGUACCUCACUGCAGGCGAGGGAGGGGCAGCAGGGCAAGCAGGUGGGGGCGGGGGAGGGGGAGCGGUGCAGCUGUCAGGCGAGCAGCAGAAGGCAGUGGGGCAUGAGGUGGAGAGGCGACUGGCGCUCUUCUGUGCGCUCUGCUCCCGGAGACCGUCUCUACUGGCGGAUUUCUUCCGGGUAUUCGGCCAAGUCAACCCCGUGGCCAAGCGGGUCAUGCUGCGGGACCUGCUGCCGCCCAUGCUCGCCACACUCCCCCCCACCACUCCCGACCUCCUCACACUCAUCUCCAACCCCCCAGAGGGUUCCAUGCGGUUGCUGCUGAAGGUGAGGCUGCCACUGAAAGCAACGUUUGCCUACUCAUUCACGUAG